CCGGCAGAUGAGGGCGCGGCGGGUGCGGACGGGGCGCUCGCGGGUCCCGCUCGGUCCUGCGGUGGAGCCGAGCCCCCGUCCCGCUGCUGCCCCACCGGAUCGGCCCAGGGAGGAGCCCCCCCUGCACGUCCCAUCCCGUCCCGCUGACCCCGCGCCUGGGAACCGCCAGGCUCAAGUAGCCAAAGAUGAGUCGUGGGUUCUCAGAAAACAAUAACUUCCCCUAUGACAACAACCAGAUGGUUCUGGAUAUGAUCCUGUGCUCCCUCAUUGGGGUUCCUCAGCCCAUCAACUGGGACAGUGUGGCAAGGCUGGUUCCAGGAUACACCUCCAAAGAAUGUGCAAAAAGGUUUGAUGAGCUAAAAAGCAGUGGAAGUUCACCUGUUGACAACCAGUACAACGCCCUGCUGGCUGCUGGUGGGAGCCCUGUGGAGACUUUAGCUACCUACAUCAAAUCCUCCCUGCUGGAUUCCCAGGCAGAGUUUCAGGAGCCUGCUCUUGGGCAGGAUUCCAUUACUAUCACUGGAAGGCCCAGUGCAGCCUCCACAAGGAGCUGUUCUUCAGAAUCUGAGAAAGGUCCUGCCCACAACAGUGGGGAAAGCACUCAUGAAACCCAGGGGCCCAAUAUGGUGAUCCACGUGUGCGACGAAGCCAAAAACCUCAAAGAAGAUUUUGUGUGUCCUCGAGACCUGUUGGUGUCAGAGAUGAAAUACUUUGCUGAGUACCUGUCCGUGGAUGCCCAGCGCUGGGAGGAGGUGGACAUUUCUGUGCACUGUGAUGUUCACAUCUUUGACUGGCUGAUAAGAUAUGUCAAAAGGAACUCCAAGGAGUCUGAGGCUGAUGAAAUGCCCACUUUAGAACCAUCAAAUGUCAUCUCAAUCCUCAUUUCUUCUGAGUUUUUGAAGAUGGAUUCAUUAGUAGAAAAAUGUAUUCAUUACUGUCACAAAAAUAUGAAUGCUAUUGUAGCCACGCCGUGUAACAUGAACUGUAUCAAUGCUAAUCUUGUUACACACAUUGCUGAUCUCUUCAGGCACAAUGAGGUGGAGGAGCUGAAGGACAAGAGAGACAAAUUUAAGAGUAAACUUUUCUGCAAGAAGAUUGAGAGACUGUUUGAUCCAGAGUAUGUAAAUCCAGAUUCCAGAGGAAAUGCAGCAACUUUAUACAGGUGUUGUUUAUGUAAAAAGUUGCUAACCAAAGAAACUGAAAGGAGAAUUCCUUGUGUACCAGGAAAAAUCAACAUAGACCAACAUGGGAAUAUUGUCUAUGUUCAUAUAAGAGACAAAACCUGGGAAGUGCAUGAGUAUUUAAUUGGCCUUCACGAGGAGCUGAAAUCCUGGCGGGAUGUUUACUGGCGCCUUUGGGGAACGGUCAACUGGUUGAACUGCUCAAGAUGUAACCAGUCUUUCCUGUGCACUGAGUUCUCCCACUGCCAGUACCACUCGCAGCCAGUUCUUUAUCCAGGUGUAGCAAGUGCUCUGGGCUCCACUGGCACAGGAGUUUAUCCCUGCUGUAACCAAAAAGUUCUUCGGUUUGACCCCACAACCCUCCCAAAGGGCUGCAAAGUGAGGGAUCAUCUGGUGGAGUUACCUCCAGAAAGCAAAGAUGGGGAGGCUCUGCCAUCUCAGAGUGAGGAGGGGGAUGCUUUGCCAUGUCCAAGUGAAGAGGGGGAUGCUCUGCCAUCUCAGACUGCUCAGAUCUUGAAUGAUCUGCUGCAUCAUAGAGAUGUUAUAGUUGUUCCUUUCACCAAGGAUGAGAACAGUGAUUCUGGUAUUGGGCUUGGUGAUGACAAAGGCCUUGAAUGUGAUGUGCUUGUAGAACCAAAUACACCAUGGGGCCCCAAAACUGGAGAGAUCAAUGCUUUUUUGUCUCUGAAGAACUGGGCUUUGCAGCUGAAGCAGCAAUCACUGUUAUCUGAGGAAGAGGAGUACACCACAGGCUCAGAGGUCACUGAGGAUGAAGUGGGGGAUGAAGAAGAAGUGUGCAAGAAACCAGCAGGGAGAAAGGAGAAAUUAAAGAAAUCCUACAGGCACCCAAAGAAAGCAGUUUCUUCACCCAGUGUUCAGAAAAGGGAGAAGCCAUCUGAUAAGUCAAGUUCCCGAGAUGCUUCUCCUUUCAUUGUGAGCAUGCAGCAGAACAAAUGGGAUGCCUCCAGGUCCCUGAGAUACAACCAGGAUGCUCAGAGAGAAGAUGAUCAGAGAAGAAUGUCUGAGAUCACAGGGCACUUAAUAAAAAUGAGACUGGGAGACCUUGAUCGAGUCAAGUCCAAAGACAGCAAAGAAUAUGCAGGAGGCAUUUAUUCUAGACUUGAAGCUCAGAUAAAAGCCUCAGCACAGGUCAGUGCACGACAAAGCAAUGCUGAGAAGAAUCCCAGGUCAAAAACCCGUUUUGGCCAAGGCCGUCCCACAUAAGGAGUCGUGGACUUGCUUUAGCCAGAACUCAUUACUGCUUCCUGAAACUGCACUGCACUCUGACAAUGGACAAUGCACGUCUCUGAAAGCUUGCCAGUGACUUAUUUAUUACUUUAAGCCUUGUAAAUUAUUUUGUGCUAUAAAUGAAUGCAAACCCAAUAAGGUCUGUACUUAUUUUAAUUGUAAAUAUACUAUUUGUUAAAGUUAAAUUUAAUUGCUUUUUUUAGGCUGUUGCAUUGAGUUGCAUAGAAAAUAUUUUAUAAAUCUACAAAAUUAAAUUAUCAGACUAAUUUUAUUUAUGAGGGAAGAUACAAUUAUGCCUUUUGGUAUGCUAGAAAUACUGAAAAGGAAAAAGCAAGACUACUGAGUUCUGAAUGCAGUCAGCAGCAUUAACCCAAGUUCUCCUUGUGUAUUUAUAUUGUGUUGUAUUUGAUGGUACAUUUUAGGUCAGUCUUCUGGGGAUUUGCAUUUAAAGUCCAUGACAAUGCCUGGGACUUAGACUAGUUGAAGCAACAUUCUCAUGCAGUUCUGAGGCUUGCUUGUGUACCUCACACAAGUCCCACUCCUCUGAAGGUGGGUGGCAGGUAGGGACUAGACCUCCAAAGAUGCUCUCAGUGCUGUGAGAUGCAGCAUUGCAUCUUGCAUGUGAACCACUUGCUUUUCUUGGAUAUGGAAUCUGUACCCGUCCCCAUUCCUGACCCCUCCUGCACAGACAGUGCUCUGUCCCCUUCUAAAACCCAAACCUUGUCAUGCAAAGCACUUCUCUCUCUAACUAAUGCCAUGCCACUAAAUUUCUGAGCAGAUUUGUCAUUAAUUCUGUAUCACUACAAAGGCUUGUGCAUGCAGAUCUUUUGGGUCUAGUUACUCCCUGAAACCUGCCUGAUUUACACUGUUUAGAAGUCAGAUGCACUUUCAAGUUCUGUAUUUGGAGCAAUAGAACACAAAUCCAGGGCUACCAAAAUGAAAUAACUUGCCUAGGAAAUAUGUUGUAUAUUAGCAGAGAAAAUGGCAAUAAUAAUAAUAAUGAUGAUGAUGGCUGAAUUCAAGGAAACACGUUCUGACUUUUUGAAACAGGUAGAGAGCUCAGGGAAAGCUUAUUCCAACUCCUGGCUGUACAAUAAAUGGGGAGUUUGGAAUUAAGUCAGCAAGUUCCUGGGUGGGAGGGUGGGGUGGGGUAAGGAGAGGGAGAUUUGUUUGAAUUCUCUUCUCUCCAUUUUUGUUUGUCUUGUUCCUUGAUGAUUUUGGUAGGUGUUAGAAGGCUAGGAUAGCAAUACUUGAAAAUACUGCUGUCAAGGUGGAAGGUUUUUAUUGAAACAAUUAAUAAUCAGUGUUACUUGUGUGUUUUGUCCAAUGCCGUAGCAAAUUUGGAGCCCAGUGAAACCAACAAGCAAAAUUGGAUUUCAGUGGUUUUGAUUUUGGGCAGGAGCUCUAACUUUGCAGGAGUGCUUUAAUCUGUUACCCAAUAAAUAAGGUUUUGUGAAUGCCUCAGGCCUGUUUGCAAGUACUGAUGCAGUUUGAAGCACUUGUAGUCAAUGUUGGAAACCCGAUUGUUGUUUGUUGAAAGUAUUAUAAAACCCAUCAGGUAUGAAAAGUGCAGUAGGAAAAGUGUUUUGCUACAAUUUUGUGACUUCUGAUAAAGGGUUGUUCCAAAUUCCCAUGGUAAACCUGAGGUGAAAGUUGCAGGCUGCAUGUGUGUGUAUUUUGUUUUCAUAGAACUACUGACUAGAAGAGAAAGGAAAAUUCUGCUGGUUUUGUUCUGUGGGGAAGUGCCAGUUCUACAUGCCAGUAUUGUUUUACUCAAAAAUAUUUUUGAGCAUAUACAAAUAAUAUACAUGAUGUGCAGUGUUAUCUAUUUUUCCCCAUGCCAACCACCUUGAAUUUUUAUCUUGUAUUAAUUUUGAAAAUUUGUCUUGGUUUAAUGGAAAUAAACAUUAUUAAUUUAA